UCAUCGGCCUCCUGUCCAUUCGACGGCCAUGGCGACCACAGGGCCUCGUUUCCCAUUGGAGAGCACAAGGCAGCAUUCCCCAUGAUGGCCAACCAGUACUGCAGGGAGGUGAUGUCGGGUAGAGGUCGUGCACAGAUAGCUGUUCAAGGUGAUUUGUCUAACGGACGGGAUCUCAUGAAUGUUGACACAGAGCAUGAUACUACUGAGCCUACUCCUGAAAUUGGAACCACUCCUAAGAGAGCCAAAUGGAGCCAUGAGAUGAAGUUAUUUCUUAUUGGGCUCCUCAAAGAUCAUGAUGUGCCAGGUUUUAGAACACAUAAUGCUUGGAGUAAGGAGGCAUGGACAAAUAUUGUUUGUCGCUUGAAUGCAAAGUUUGGUUGUUCAUUUACUCUCAACCAAGUCAAACAGAAGGAGCAGGACUUAAAGAAGGAUUAUCGUGUUGUGAAAGAAUUACAAGAAGAAAGUGGUUUUGGAUGGGACAGCGAGAGAAAGAUGGUGACGGCACCUCCAAAUGUUUGGGCUAAUUUUGCUGCUCGCAAGAACAAUUCUGAUGCCCUCACUUGGCAAGAUAAAUCAUUUCCAUAUUUUGAUGAUUUAUUUGCACUCUAUGAUGGUCGUUAUGCAGAAGGGAGGACUCGUCAUGGUAUGGAUCAUUAUGCAAACAAGGCAAAGAACGCAUCAAAUCCUUCAACUCAACAAGCAUCAGCAGCUGUGACAUAUCAAUCACCGUCUCCUACUUGGCCUGCUGAAUUUGAUUCUGGUUUGCAGUUUCCUUUUGAUGAAGAGGCUGGUGUGACUCCUGUGCAGCACAUGAAAACUCCUCCUAGCUCAACACCGACACCUUUAGAAGGUACGGAAUCUCGACGUGGAAAGAAACAAAAGACUAAAUCUUGUAGUCCUGAAGAAGGAUUUCAUGAGAGGUACCUAAAGCUAAAAAGGGAAGAAAUUGAUAGAUUUGCUGCUAUUGAGGAAAAGAAAUUGGAGGAUCCUUACAGCAUCAACAAGUGCAUCACGGUGCUUGAAAGCUUAAAUGAUCUACAAAUGGGGGAUAUAUUAUUGGCUUCUGAUAUUUUCCAAAACAAGAAUAACAGGGAAGUUUUCUUAUCAUUUCAAGGUGAUGCAAUUCGUUUGGCUUGGGUUAAAAGGGAGAUUGGGCAUUUGCAGGCUGAAAAAAACUAAUGGGGCUGGUUGCAUUGAUGCUUUUGUUUGGGAGUAUUUUGUG